GCUCUCAAAUCCAUCCACCUCCCGAAAAUUUCACGCGCGCGCAGCACCAAAGACACGGCAGCAGUUUCGGUUUGAGAGCUCUGCUUUAGUUAGCCACCAUGCCUGCCCUCGCCAAGCCCGUCGCCGCCGCCCCGAAGCCGAAGCCCUCCGCCGCCAAGCCGAAGAAGGCGGCCGCCGGCCCUUCCCACCCGGCCUACUUCGAGAUGAUCAAGGAGGCGAUCGCGGCGCUCAAGGACAGGACCGGGUCGAGCUCGGUCGCCAUCGCCAAGUACAUUGAGGAGAAGCACGGCAAGGCGCUCCCGGCCAACUUCAAGAAGAUGCUCUCCGUCCAGCUCCGCGCGUCCGCCUCCAAGGGCAAGCUCGUCAAGGUCAAGGCAUCCUACAAGCUCUCCGACGCUGCCAAGAAGGACUCCACCAAGGCCAAGCCCGCCAAGCCUUCGGCCGCCAAGGCCGCGGUGAAGCCCGCCAAGCCUGCAGCCGCCAAGGCCGCGGUGAAGCCUGCCAAGGACGGCGCCAAACCCAAGAAGAAGGCGGACGCGAAGCCCAAGAAGACCGCCGCCGCCGCCGGCACGAAGCGCAAGGCGCCGGAGAAGAAGAAGCUGGUCGCCAAGGCGAAGAAGUCGCCGGCGGCUAAGGCCAAGGCGAAGCCGAAGACCGUCCGCUCCCCGGCCGCCAAGAAGGCCCGCAAGGUCGCCGCCGCCUGAUCUGAUCCCAUGGCCCUAUUGGCUUUAGUUACUUGUGCUUGGUGUGUUUAUUUUCAGGGUAUGUACAAAAAGGAUGCCUCAUCCUCCCUGACUUAGGUCUUGAUUCUGCUAGGCAGUUUCUAUGUAUCGUGUGUCGUGUUCAAUCAAGUCUAUGAAGUUGUUUGGUUUCCGGAGAAGAAAUGAACUUGCAGAUUUAUCA